GUUGAAAACGAGAAAAAUUAAAGUGUGAAAGCCAAUUGGAAGUUGCAAAGGCGAGAUCCGAUGGACUAAUUACUGCUCAAAGGCCAUGCAAAGUUCCUUCUCGUACACAAUUAAAAAUUCCUUCCUCCCUAAGUAUUUUCUUGCUUUUUGCUUAAAAUAAGCAAAACUCUGUUUUUUCUUUCUACUUCACUUCCACAUAAUUUUACUCUUGUUUCUUUCUUUCAUUCAUUCAUUUUGAUAUUCUUAGAGGAAGAAUUGUGAAAAAAAGUCCAACAAUGGCUGUGGCUGCCGCAAAACAACACAUUGAAGAGAUUAGGAAAAACAGAUUUUGGAUUGGUGUUCGCAAAAAUCCUCUCAGUCAGUCAUUAAGAAUGGCUGUUAAAUAUCUCUCUGCUGAACUUUAUUCUAAGGAUGUUCAUUUUCUCAUGGAAUUAAUCCAGAAUGCUGAAGAUAAUGUUUACCCUGAAGGAGUUGAGCCAUCAUUGGAGUUCUUGAUAACGUCUCGUGAUCUCACAGCCACAGGAGCUCCUGCUACAUUGUUGAUUUUCAAUAAUGAGAAGGGCUUUUCUAGGAAAAACAUGGAAUCAAUUUGCAAUGUUGGUGAUUCUACCAAGGCUGGCAAUCGCAAAUGCGGAUAUAUUGGAGAAAAAGGUAUUGGGUUCAAGAGUGUGUUUCUGUUAACAGCUCAUCCUUAUAUUUUUAGUAACGGCUACCAAAUCCGAUUCAGUGAAGUACCUUGUCCAGAGUGUGAUAUUGCGUACAUAGUGCCUGAGUGGGUGGAUACCAAUCCCUCCAUCUUUGAUAUCCAGAAAGUAUAUGGUCGUAAUGGAACCCUUCCAACCACUACACUAGUAUUGCCUUUGAAGGCGGAUAAAAUGAAAGCUGUAAAGGAGCAGCUUUCAAGUCUCCAUCCUGAGCUACUUUUGUUUCUCUCGAAGAUCAAGCGUCUUUCAGUUAAGGAAGACAAUGAGAAUCCAUCCCUGAAUACAAUACGAGCUAUUUCUAUCUCUACUGAACGAGAUUUUGUUGCAAAGAAAAAUAUUGAUGCUGAGUCAUAUACUGUUCAUCUGACGGCAGAAGAAGAAGGCGUUGAGUCUGAAGGUGAAUGUGGCUACUUUAUGUGGAGGCAGAAGUUUCCUGUCAAAAAGGAGAACAAAGUAGACAAAAGAAGGGAACUUGAGGAAUGGCAUAUUACAUUGGCCUUUCCGUAUGGCAAGCGUCUGAAUAGAGGAAUGAGCUCUCCUGGAAUUUAUGCAUUCCUUCCUACGGAAACAGUUACAAACUUUCCUUUUAUCAUGCAAGCAGAUUUUCUUCUGCCAUCAUCAAGAGAAACUAUUUUGUGGGAUGACCUAUGGAACCAAGGGAUUCUUGACUGCAUUCCUACUGCUUUUAUCGAUGCAUUUGUCUCUCUUGUCAGAACGAGAGAAGAUGCGCCUGCUUCAACCCUGGCAUCCAUGUUUGCUUUCUUGCCUUUGAACACCUCCUGCCACCAGAAGUUGAAUAUGAUCCGGGACUCCAUUAAAAUAAAACUGCUUCUAGAAAAUGUUAUUCCAUCUGAAUCGCACUCUAGCCAGAAGAUAUUCCACAAACCUCAGGAAGUCUGCCGGCUAAAUCGUUCUUUUUGGAAGAUAUUGCUUAAGGCGAAGCAGGAAGGGAUAAAACUGCACAAUCUUUCAUCUCAAGGAAAGCAUAUAUUGCACUCUUCUUUUGAUCAAGACAAAUACAAUGAUGUGCUCAAUUUUCUUGAUGUGAAGUAUGUUGGCAAUGAGUGGUACCCAAAGUGCAUCCAGAGUUGUAAUCUUGUCUUGGGCGUAGGGGAGGACAUUUAUAUUGAGUUGCUUCAAUUCAUUGCGACAAAUUGGUCAUCACACUUCGACAAAUCUGCAAUGAGAAAUAUACCCCUCCUGAAGUAUGUUGCUGCUUCAGGAGACUUAUCUCUUCUAAGCGUACACGAAACAGCUAAUCAAUUUAGUGGUCCAGUUUUGUGUCGAUCCCAAGAUGUGCAUCAUAUGUCAUGGUUGAUACAAUGGAGCAAAGAAUUUGGAUCUGCGGCUGGUCUACUUUUCUUACCUGAGAAGAUGCAGAAGGGUUGCUCAAAACUGGAAGGUGUAUUGAUCUGGCUGAGAGAUUAUGUGAAAGUUAAGACCCUUAGUGUCUAUGAAUACGCAUCUCUACUUCAGAACUCUCUCAAUAACAGCUGCAGGAUGAUAUUUGCUUUUACUCAUUUUCUGUAUCACUCGUAUACAGAUGGUUAUUUGAGUAAGCUAGAGGUAGAAGAAUUAUGUGCUGCAAUGCCACUGGUGAACAGUUAUGGAGGUGUAUUUGUGAGAAGAAAGGGAGUAUUAGUUCCUUCUAAUGGUAGCAAAUGGGUGGAGCUGAUAGGUGGUUCUAAUCCUUGGGGAGACCAGGAUUAUGUGGUACUAUCUGAUAAUUAUUUGCAUUAUGGGCAGUAUGCCGGUCGUUUUACCCAAGAGAAGGAACUGAUUAAGUUCCUUGUUAGGCAUGCCAGUGUUUCUGAUAUUCCUGACUUGUGUCCUCCAGAUGCUGCCUUCCCUACAGUAUAUGGGCCAUUGACAAAAGGAAAUGUUUUCUUGCUGUUGGAUUGGAUUAGGAAGCUAAGAUCUAAGGGACUCAAAAUGCCUGAAAAGUUUUUGAGCUGUAUAAAGAAGGGAAGCUGGUUGAGGGUAAGAAUGAGCGGCUCUCCUGUUUAUAGACCACCUAAUCAAUCAUUUUAUUCUAGUUCAAAAUGGGGGAGUUUGCUGCAGAAUGGUUCCGAAAUGGUUGAUAUCCCCUUGGUUGAUCAGUCCUAUUAUGGCUCUAAAUUAAGUGAUUAUCAAGAGGAACUAGAAGUGAUAGGGGUGAUGUUUGAAUAUAGUCAAGCAUGUGAAUUCAUUGGGCAGCAUCUCAUGUCUUUGUCCGAUCAGCAGAAUUUGACGAAAAGCAAGGUUUUUGCGAUGCUUAAUUUCAUCAGAUUCUUGAGAGAGAAAUAUCUUUCGGUGGAGGAGAUUGUCAAUAGUAUAAAAGAGGGGAAAUGGGUAAAGACAUCGUGUGGUGACAAAUCCCCAGCUGAAACUGUUCUCUUUGACGACAGUUGGAAGUCUGCUUCAGCAAUCAGCCAGAUUCCCUUCAUUGAUAAAGAAUACUAUGGAGCCGAUAUUCUCAAAUACAAGGAAGAGCUCAAGCUACUUGGUAUUAUUGUGGGUUUUAAGGGUAAUUACCGGAUAGUACUCAACCAUCUUAAACCUUCAGCAAGCUUGAAUAAUCUAAAGCCUGACGAUCUCAUUUUUGCUCUCAAGUGCAUUUGUUCUUGCUCAUCAGAAAAUCUCGUCACUGCAAUGGGAAAUGCUAAUUGCAUAAAGACGAAUGUUGGCUUCAAGCAUCCCCGUGAAUGUUUCCUAUAUGAUAAAAAAUGGGGGUGCAUAUUGCAGAUCUUAGAUGGUUUCCCAUACAUCGGUGACAGCUUUUAUGGGAGCAAAAUAUUCGAGUAUAGAGAAACUCUGAAGAAAAUUGGUGUGGUUGUUGAAUUUGAUGAUGCAACUAAAGCAUUGUCUAAGAAGUUCAAGGCUCUAGCUUUGACUCAUUCAAUAACCAAAGACAAUUCUCUCUCUCUCAUCUCAUGUUACAGAAAGUUGAUGGAUGCAGAGUGCUCAAUUCCUUCUGAACUCAGAACGUGCAUUCGGGAAGCUAAAUGGUUAAGAACUCGCCUUGGCGACUGCAGGUCCCCCAAGGAUUGCAUCUUGUAUGAUGGAGAUUGGCAAGCUAUCUCUAGGGUCACGCUGCUUCCCUUUCUUGAUGAUAGGGAGAGCUGGUAUGGGAAACGUAUACACGAGUAUAAAAAUGAACUGAGUAGCAUGGGUGUGGUGAUUGAUUUCAAGGCAGGUUCACAUUUUGUUCUCUCUAGUAUCUGUUUCCCCCAAGAUCCUAGAGAUAUAACACCUGAAAGUGUUAUCUCAUUGCUACAAUGUGUUAGAAACUUCCAAGAAGGUCGAGACCCUCUUCCCAAGACUUUUCUGGAGGAAGUUCACAAGACAAAGGGGUUGAAGACCACUUUCGGUUAUAUGUCCCCAGAAGAGUGCAUGCUGUAUGAUUCUGAGCAAAAGUCUUCGCUGCAGAGAUGUGAUGCGCCAUUCAUUGAUGAAGAUUACUAUGGGAUAAGCAUAUUGUCUUAUAAGAGCGAGCUUUCUGCAAUUGGAGUUAUCACCGAUCUGUCUAGUGCUGAUGCAAUCUCACUACUCGCACGUCACAUCAAAUCCCUCACUGAGUUUGCAAAGAUUGAGCAUGUAUAUGACUUCCUGCGUCAAACUGACUGGAAUCCUGAAGCUGGAGCUGUUAGGAGUAUUUGGAUCCCGACAAGCUCGAAUGAUGGUUUGUGGGUAGCCCCGGAGGAAUGCGUUCUGCAUGAUGAUAAAAAACUGUUCAGCUCAAGGUUGCAUGUUCUGGAUCAGAAGAAUUACAAGGCAGAGUUGCUUUCUUUCUUCGCCAAAGCCUUCAACGUUAGAUUUUCGCCGUCAACUGACGAUUACUGCAAGCUUUGGAAGGAAUGGGAAAAUUCCAGACAUUUGAUAUCACACGAUGAAUGUUGUGCCUUUUGGGUGCAUGUUAUUCGGCACUGGAGCGAGAAAUCUAAGAAACAUAUUUCUGAAAGUGUGUCGAAAAUCCCUGCAGUUUCUAAUGAUUUGGGUGAUAUUUUGCUGCUUAAGAAGCAGGAUAUUUUCCUCCCAAAUGAUCUUUUAUUGAAAGAUCUGUUUGAAAAGUCAUCUCCACACUCUUUCUUUGUCUGGUGUCCUGUAAACCAGCCUUCAAUUCCACGAGCGAUGCUUUUUGAUAUCUACUCCAAAAUUGGAGUAAGGAACAUAUCAGAUUCAGUUGAAGUAUCAGACUCAUCUGCCGUGGAUUAUGGAUCACUGAAGCAGGCCAAGUUGAAGGAUGUUUUUAUUGUGAAAGGGCUUGUAAUGAUCAUAUUAGGAUAUCUAUCUGAUCCCUCGCUCGACAUGCAAGUAAAACGCAGGCAUGAAGCUGUUAAAAUGCUCCUCAAAGUCAAAGUUUUUGAGACACCAAAGAAUAUGAGGAAAACCUACAGUUUGAAGAUGACUUCAGGCGAUGCUAUUACAGUUAGUUCGAGUCAAAUGGUGCGUUGGGCGAGACAUAAUUCAGAGUUUUUUGCUCAGAAACUCGACAGGUCAGGCGGGUAUAAGAUUAUUUUAGAAUAUGCAACAAAGUUUUCCAAAGUGGUAGCUGAAGGAAUGCUUUGGGAGAAGGAGGAUAAAAUCGAUACACUUUCCGAGCUCAUAAAGUUCGGAUUCUUGAUGGAUUUUGAUGAGGAUGCUGUUACUUAUUUUAUGAAGACGAAGAAUUUGCAGAUCUUUCCGGAGGACGAAGAGUUUCUAUCCUCUGUCUUUCCUUCUUUCUAAUGCAGUGACUUUGAUUAGAGUAUCCUUGAACAACAUACUAAUAAGUUGGUGAUUUUUGUUUCCAUCUGCUUGUUCCAUAAGAAGAUUUGGUGUAACCUGGCCUGCAUAAAGACUCUUGGUUUUCUUCAGUUCUCUGACCUGUCAGCUGUUGCUCUACUUUCAUUCUUCGUGAACAGGCAAAUGAAUUUGCUGAACGGAUGGGAGGAUCUUAAUUGUGCUGAACCUGAGACGGAGUCCUCUUUCUAUUGUGUUCUGAAUCUUGUUUGCUAGUGUUGUUAUUUGUUAAUGUGGGUUGAUACUGUUCUCUUAAGAAUGGAUUUGUUAAACAAUGUCAAGGUUAUUUAUCUCA